AACCGUCUGCCCCCUCCCAGCAGCUCUGCAGGACAGCUCUGGGCUCAGGGAAAUCCAUCCUGGACCCGGCUGGGCUUGCUUACAAAGUGCAAUCUGUCUGAAGUAGCCACGAUGAGGAAGAGACCUGGCAGCAGAAGGGAUGUUACAGAUGAAGCAGCUGAUUAAAGCCCUUCCUGUACCUUCAGAAUGAUUUUUGUGGACAUGGGCUCCAUGGAACUCUGGUGAUCCCUGCUGCUCACACUUGUCACCAUGCUGGCAGAAGGCAUCCUAACGAGGCUCAUCUACAGAGAAAGCUGUCAUCAAGAUAAGCCUCGAAAAUCCCCUGCAUCCCAAAAAGCCAAAGAGGGAAUCUGGAGACAGAAACUUGUAGACAUCCCAAGAAUUAAAGGCUUUGCUGAUGGAUGUGAGAAGCAGGAGGAGCUCUCUGCCAGAAGCAGCAAAGUGGAAGCCGGGAGCAGCCCCCGAUGGGGAUCCAUAGGGAAGGAGCCUGCAAAGGAUCAGGGAAUGCUGGUUAAAGGCACUGCAUCCCCAGCUGUACACAUCCCCAGGAGAGGAGGGAGCCUGGACGAGGUGGAUUUGUACAGGUCCUGGCCAUGCAACAGCAUUUACCAGAACUACCCUGACCUGCAGAUCGGGGGGGACCGCGUGGGGGGCCCCACGCGUGACUCGGGCUGUGUCCUGGACCACGGGUGUGAUGAGCUCCCUGAUGGGCCUGUGCUGCUCUCCAUAGACAUUCCCCUGGGUCAAUCCCCUCUCUGUGAGCAUCCCAGAAAGCCCACUGGGGUGUCCCUGCCUGGAGAUGAAGCUGGAGAAAGGAGCCUCCUGCUCAGCGAGGAGCCCCUGUCCAACUCCGCGCUCAACAAGUACAUGGAAGCCAAAGUGGCAGAGCUCUACAAACAGUUUUUUGAAGAAAGCCUGGCCAGGUGUGGUUCCAUAACAAACCUGCUGACCUGCAGCUGGAUAAGGAACAGCCUGGACCAGAUAAGUGUUCAGAUCUCCCAGGAGCAGAACAUAGAAACCUCCAGAGCCAGGGGAGCCCUCCUGCACUCGUUGGCUUUGUUCAGCUCCCGCAACGCUCCCAACAGGAACAGCUCCGAGUUCAGCACCCCAAACCUCCAAAUCUCCAAGACAGGGGCUGCAAAAUGGAGCUGCAGGGUGGAAUUCACAUCCUGACUGAGCUGCUCAGCUCAGGAGAGGGAUGGGAUUCAGGUAUGAGUGAUUCACUGCGAGGAUUAGGUUGGGAAAUGGAAACAUUUGCACACUACACUUGUUCUAGUUAAUAUUUUAAGUCUU